CUAGGUGACCUCCGUCUCCACUUUCCCCAGUUCCAAAUUUGGCUUUGCCGGGAGGACCCAGGGCGGAGUCACUAGGCCGAGUCCCUGGCCUCUGGCCUCUGAGUGACUGAGCUGGGUGGACACUCCGGGUCAGCAAGGCAGGCAGCCCCUGGCAUGCUCCAGGCUGCCCUCCUGAGAGCAGGCACCUCCUCCGGGCCGCCAGGGAGGCCCCAUGGCGUUUGCUGAACUCUUGGAUCGAGUGGGUGGCCUGGGCAGGUUCCAGGUGCUCCAGAUGGUGGCCCUGGUGGUCCCCAUCAUGUGGGUCACCACCCAUGGCAUGCUGGAGAACUUUGCAGGAGCCAUACCCAGCCACCGCUGCUGGGUGCCCCUCCUGGACAACAACACAGCUCAGGCCAGUGCCCCUGCGCACCUGGGCCCCGAGGCCCUGCUGACCGUCUCCAUCCCACCCGGCCCCAACCGAGAGCCCCACCCGUGUCUCCGCUUCCACCACCCGCAGUGGCAGCUCCUGGACGCUAAUGCCACGUCCACCAACUGGAGCGAGGAGGCCACGGAGCCGUGCGUGGACGGCUGGGUCUACGACCGAAGUACCUUCGUCUCCACCAUAGUCACCCAGUGGGACCUGGUCUGUGACUCGCAGGCCCUGAGACCCAUGGCGCAGUCCAUCUACCUGGCUGGGAUCCUGGUGGGGGCCGCCGUGUGCGGCCAUGCCUCAGACCGGUUCGGACGCAGGCUGGUGCUGACCUGGAAUUACCUUCAGCUGGCCCUGGCGGGCACGGCGGCCGCCUUCGCACCCACCUUCUCAGUGUACUGCCUGCUCCGGUUCCUGCUGGCCUUUGCCGUGGCGGGCAUCAUGAUGAACACGGCCACCCUCAUGAUGGAGUGGACGUCAUCGGCAGCCCGGCCCUUGGCAAUGACCUUGAACUCCCUGGGUUUCAGCUUCGGCCACGCCCUGAUGGCCACCGUGGCCUACACUGUGCGAGACUGGCCCAUGCUGCAGCUGGCCGUCUCCGCCCCCUUCUUCCUCAGCUUCCUGUACUCCUGGUGGCUAGCAGAGUCGGCACGCUGGCUUCUCAUCACAGGCAGGGUGGCCCGGGGCCUGCAGGAGCUGCAGAAGGUGGCCAGCAUCAACAGGAAGAAGACCGAGAGGGAAGAACUGACCAUGGAGGGCGUGCUCGCUGCCAUGCAGGAGGAACUGAGUUCCGGCCAGGCCCCGGUCAAUGUCAGUGCCCUGAUCCUCACCCCAGGCCUUCGCCAGCGAACCUGCCUCUCCACGCUGUGCUGGUUUGCUUUCGGCUUCACCUUCUACGGCCUGGCCAUGGACCUACAGGCACUAGGCAGCAACAUCUUCCUGCUUCAGGUCCUCAUUGGGGUGGUGGACAUCCCUGCCAAGAUAGGCACCCUGCUGCUGCUGAACCGCCUGGGCCGCCGCCCCUCCCAGGCUGGGUCCCUGGUGCUGGCAGGUCUCUGCAUCCUGGCCAACACACUGGUGCCCUAUGAGAUGGGGGUGCUGCGCUCCGCGCUGGCGGUGCUGGGGCUCGGCGCGGUGGGGGCGGCCUUCACCUGCAUCUCAGUCUACAGCGGUGAGCUCUUCCCGACGGUACUCAGGAUGACGGCGGUGGGCCUGGGCCAGAUGGCGGCCCGUGUGGGCGCCAUCCUGGGUCCCCUGGUCCGGCUGAUGGGCAGGCUGAGCCCCUCGCUGCCGCUGCUGGUGUACGGGACCGUGCCGUUGCUGGCCGGCCUGGCCGCGCUGCUGCUGCCUGAGACCCGGAGCCUGCCGCUGCCAGACACCAUCCAGGACGUGCAGAGCCAGACGGUGAAGAAAGCCGCCCACGGCCACCCUGUGCUGAAGUGCACGCGGUUUUAGGUUCCCACCGUGGGGCGGGGAACGAGGGAGAGCAGGUGGGAAGGCAGCGGGGGGGUCCUCACUGCCCUCCUAGCUCCCAGGGCUGCUCCCCACCCCCUAACCUUCCCUGGAGGAGGAGCCACAACCCACAUAGAGGGGACAGCAGAUGAUGUGACGGGCAGGGAGACUCCCACAUGCAUGCUCUGGGACCCCAGGCUCUGGAGGGGGGGGGCCCUCCCCCUUCUGACAACCUCAGAGGCACAAGGAACAAAGUCUCAUUUCCUGGCUUCCUUGGGAAAGCACUGAUUCAACCCGUUCGCCUGGCACCCCCAUCGGCACUCCAGCCUCAGCCAGAUGCUGCGGACAUCAUCCACUGGACCCCUCACUGCCUGGCCUACCCCCACGGCCUGUCGGACCUAGGCCAAUGACCCUGCCCGGCCAGGGCUGGGAGCUUGGCCUGCCCACCCCGCUUCUCCCACAGCCUGUGAGUCCCCAGAGGGCAGGUGCCUGCAAGGAGCUGGAGGAGCCAAUAAAGGUGCCAAGGACCAGGGA